AGUGCGGCUGCCACCUGGCCGGCACGCUGGGCGGGCUAGGCGCGUGCGAUACGCGCAGCGGGCAGUGCUCGUGCAAGAUGCACGUGGGCGAGCGCCAGUGCGACCAGUGCCAGGAUGGCUUCUACCGACUGGAGAGCACCAACGUGUUUGGAUGCACUGAAUGCGACUGCGACGUGGGCGGCUCAAUAGACAACAACUGCGACAAGCUGACGGGCCAGUGUCGCUGCCACUCCCGCGUGGAGGGCCGCCGCUGCGACCGGCCCAUCCGAGCACAUUACUUCCCAACCCUACACCAGUUUCAAUACGAAGUGGAAGAAGGCCUGACUCAAUCGGGACCGGUCCGAUACAGGAACAGCGAGGAGGCCUUCCCUGGCUACUCGUGGAAGGGAUACGUCGUGUUCUCUUCGCUCCAG